AUGUCAACUCAUAGACCAUUUCAAUUAAAUCAUGGAUCAAUUGAACAUACUUUUUUAGUACCACAUAAUUUAUUUAUAAAUUAUUCACAAUUAAAAGAUCAAUUUAUAAAAACUUUACCUGAACCAACUGAGGGGUUUGCUGAUGAUAAUGAACCAUCAAGUCCAGUAGAAUUAUAUGGUAAAUUUUUAGGUUUUAUAAGUUUACAACCAAAUCAAGAAGAAAUAUUAAAAAAUUCAAUAAAAGAUUUUGAAUCUACUUUUUUAUCAAAUAAUGAUAUUCAUUCAUUUGCUGUUAAAAUUUUACAAGAUGAAAAUUAUCCAACAACUACAACAAAAAUCAAAAAUUUAGUUAAAAAUUAUUAUCAAUGUAAUCAACAAAUUACCAAUAAUAUUAAAAAUGAAUCUUCAAAUUUAUUAUAUCAUUCUAAAACUGGUGAUGCAAAAUUAGCUGCAAUUUUUGGUGGUCAAGGUAAUACAGAUGAUUAUUUUGAAGAAUUAAGAGAAAUUUAUAAUUUAUAUCAAAAUUUAAUUGUAGAAGAUUUAUUAAUUCCAAUAACUGAUGAAUUAAAUAAAUUAGUUAAACAAAAUUCAGAAUUUGAUAAAAUUUAUACUCAAGGUUUAAAUAUUUUAAGAUGGUUAAAACAUCCAGAAACUACUCCUGAUCAAGAUUAUUUAUUAAGUGUUCCUGUUUCAUGUCCAAUAAUUUGUAUAAUUCAAUUAUGUCAUUAUACAAUAACUUGUAAAAUCUUGGGUAUAAAUCCUGGUGAAUUUAGAGAUUCUAUAUCUUGGUCAACUGGUCAUUCACAAGGUUUAAUCACUGCAGUUGCGAUAUCAAGUUCUUCUGAUUGGUCUUCAUUUUUAUCAAAUUCUAUAAAAGCAUGUUCAUUAAUGUUUUAUAUUGGUUCAAGAUGUUUGAGUAUUUAUCCAAGAACUACCUUACCACCAACUAUGUUACAAGAUUCUUUAAAUAAUGGUGAAGGUAGACCAUCACCAAUGUUAUCAGUUAGAGAUUUAUCAAUUGAUAAAGUUAAAAAAUUUAUUGAACAAACAAAUAAUCAUUUACCAAAAGAAAAACAUAUUGCAAUAAGUUUAAUUAAUGGUGCAAGAAAUCUAGUAUUAUCAGGUCCACCAGAAUCUUUAUAUGGUUUUAAUUUAAAUUUAAGAAAUAAUAAAGCACCAAAUGGAUUAGAUCAAUCAAGAAUUCCUUUUAGUGAAAGAAAAUUGAAAUGUACAAAUAGAUUUUUACCGAUUUUUUCACCAUUUCAUUCCCAUUUAUUAGCUGAUGCAACUGAAUUGAUUUUAGAAGAUGUUUCAAAUUUAAAAUUUGAUAAAUUAAAAAUUCCAGUUUAUGAUACUUUUGAUGGUAAAAAUUUACAAGAUGAAAAAAAUUUAAAUGAAAGAUUAGUUAAUUUAAUUACUGAAUUACCAGUUCAUUGGGAAUUAGCAACAAAUCAUAAAGCAAGUCAUAUACUUGAUUUUGGACCAGGUGGUGUUUCUGGGUUAGGUGUUUUAACUCAUAGAAAUAAAGAAGGUACUGGUGCAAGGAUUAUUAUUGCUGGUUCAUUAGAUUCAAAUCCAUUAGAUGAUGAAUAUGGUUUUAAACAUGAAAUUUUUAAUAAAUCAGAAAAUAAACAAAUUAAAUGGGCAACAAAUUGGUUACAAGAAUUUAAACCAACAUUAAUUAAAACAACUAAUGGUAAAACUUAUGUUAAUACUAAAUUUUCACAAUUAUUAGGUAGAGCUCCAUUAAUGAUUCCAGGAAUGACUCCAACUACUGUAAAUCCCCAAAUUGUUGCUGCUUCAAUAAAUGCAGGUUAUCAUAUUGAAAUUGCAGGUGGUGGUUAUUUCACUGCUCCAAUGAUGACUGAAGCAAUUGAUGAAGUUGUUAAAAAUAUAAAACCAGGGUAUAGUUUAGGUAUAAAUUUAAUUUAUGUUAAUCCAAGAAUGUUACAAUGGGGUAUUCCAUUAAUUAAAGAAUUGAGGGAAAAAGGUUAUCCAGUUCAAUCAUUAACUAUUGGUGCUGGUGUUCCUUCAUUAGAAGUUGCAACUGAAUAUAUUGAAGAAUUAGGUUUAACUCAUUUAGGUUUAAAACCAGGUUCAAUUGAUUCUAUAAGUCAAGUUAUUACUAUUGCAAAAGCACACCCAAAUUUCCCAAUUGUAUUACAAUGGACUGGUGGUAGAGGUGGUGGUCAUCAUUCAUUUGAAGAUUUCCAUCAGCCAAUUAUACAAAUGUAUUCUAAAAUUAGAAGAUGUUCAAAUAUUAUAUUAGUUGCUGGUUCAGGAUUUGGUUCAGAUGAAGAUACUUAUCCAUAUUUAACUGGUUCUUGGUCUAAAAAAUUCAAUUAUCCACCAAUGCCAUUUGAUGGUGUAUUAUUUGGUUCAAGAGUUAUGACUGCAAAAGAAGCUAAAACUUCAUUAGAAGCCAAAAAAUUGAUUGCAAAAUGUACAGGUGUUGAUGAUUCUCAAUGGGAACAAACUUAUAAAAAACCAACUGGUGGUAUAGUUACUGUUCAAUCAGAAAUGGGAGAACCAAUUCAUAAAAUUGCAACUAGAGGUGUUUUAUUUUGGAAAGAAUUGGAUGAAACAAUUUUCAAUCUACCAAAAAAUAAAUUAAUGGAAGCAUUAACUAAAAAGAAAGAUUAUAUAAUUGAUAAAUUAAAUAAAGAUUCUCAAAAACCAUGGUUUGGUAAAAAUUCACAAGGUGUUUGUGAUUUACAAGAUAUGACUUAUCAAGAAGUUGCAAAUAGAUUAAUUGAGUUAAUGUAUGUUGAAAAAUCCAAAAGAUGGAUUGAUAAUUCAUUAAGAAAUUUCUUUGGUGAUUAUUUAAGAAGAGUUGAAGAGAGAUUUUCAACAACCACCAAGAUUUCAAUUUUACAAAAUUUUAAUCAAUUACAAGAACCAUAUGAAUUUAUUGCUAGAUUCUUUAAAGAAUUCCCAUUAGCUAAAACUCAAUUAAUUUCAGAAGAAGAUUGUGAUUAUUUUUUGAUGUGUGCAAUGAGACCUACACAAAAACCAGCACCAUUUGUUCCUGUUUUAGAUGAAAGAUUUGAAUUUUUCUUUAAAAAGGAUUCAUUAUGGCAAUCUGAAGAUUUAGAAUCUGUUGUUGAUGAAGAUGUUCAAAGAACUUGUAUUUUACAUGGUCCUGUUGCUUGUCAAUUUACUAAUAAAGUAGAUGAACCAAUUGGUGAAAUUUUAGAUAAUAUUCAUGAAGGUCAUAUCAAAAAAUUAAUUAUUGAUGAAUAUAAUGGUGAUGAAUCUAAAAUUCCAAUUGUUGAAUAUUUCGGUGGUUCAAAACCAGUUGAAAUUAAAUCAUUAACUAAUGUCACCAUUGAUCACAAUGAUCUUGAAACUACAUAUGAAAUUAAGUCCAAAGUACCUGAAAAAUCAAAAUGGUUGAAAUUAUUAGCUGGAUCAAAAAUUAAUUGGUUACAAGCCUUUAUAUCAACUGAUAGAAUUGUACAAGGCUCAAAACAUGUUUCAAAUUCAGUACAUGAUAUUUUAGCUCCAGCUCCUCAUUCAAAAGUUAUUAUCAAUAGUAAAACCAACACAUUAACAGUUUAUGAAAAAGUUAAAGGUGAUUUAGUACCAGUUGUUAAAAUUUCUUCAACCAAACCAGAUUCUAUAAUUUUAGAAUUAAUUGAACAUAGAACAGCAGAUGGUGACCCAAUUGCAUUACCUUUCAUAUAUAAAUAUCAACCAGAAGAUGGAUUUGCACCAAUUGUUGAAGAUAUGAUUACUAGAAAUCACAGAAUUAAAGAAUUUUAUUGGAAAUUAUGGUUUGGUUCUAGAAUUCCAUUUGAUUUAGAUAUUAAUGUUGAAGAACACAUAUUAGGUGGUGCAAUUAAAGUUACUGGUAAAGAUAUUGCUGAAUUUACUCAUGCUAUAGGUAAUAAAUGUGAAGCUUUUGUAAAUAGACCUGGUAAAGUUACCUUAGCACCAAUGGAUUUUGCUAUUGUUAUUGGAUGGCAAGCUAUUAUUAAAGCUAUAUUUCCAAAAACAGUUGAUGGAGAUUUAUUAAAAUUAGUUCAUUUAUCAAAUGGUUAUAAAAUGAUUCCUGGUGCUGCUCCUUUGAAAAAAGAUGAUAUUGUAUCUACAAAAGCUGAAAUUAAAGCUGUUUUAAAUCAACCAAGUGGUAAAUUAGUUGAAGUUGUUGGUACUAUUUAUCGUGAUUGUAAACCAGUUAUGGAAGUUUCAUCACAAUUUUUAUAUAGAGGUGAAUAUGUUGAUUAUGAAAAUACUUUCCAAAAAGUCACUGAAACUCCAGUACAAGUUGCUUUUAAAAAUUCAAAAGAAUUAGCUGUUUUAAGAUCAAAAGAAUGGUUUCAUUUAACUAAAGAUGUUGAAUUUGAUCAAUUAACUUUCAGAUGUGAAUCAACAUAUAAAUUCAAAUCAUCUAAUGUAUAUUCCUCAAUUAUAACUACUGGUCAAGUAUUUAUGGAAUUACCUACAAAGGAAAUUAUCCAAGUUGGUGAAGUAAAUUACGAAGCUGGUGUAUCAUAUGGUAAUCCAGUAACUGAUUAUUUAUCAAGAAAUGGUAAAACUAUUGAAGAAGCAGUUACUUUUGAAAAUACUAUUCCAAUAAGUUCAAGUGAAGAAUUAAUUUCAAAAGCUCCAGGUACAAAUGAACCAUAUGCUAUUGUUUCUGGUGAUUAUAAUCCAAUUCAUGUUUCAAGAGUAUUUGCCGCUUAUGCUAAAUUACCAGGUACUAUAACUCAUGGAAUGUAUUCAUCUGCUUCAAUCAGAGGAUUAGUUGAAGAAUGGGCAGCUAAUAAUGUUGCUUCAAGAGUUCGUGCUUUUAAAUGUGAAUUUGUUGGUAUGGUAUUACCUAAUGAUACUUUACAAACAACUAUGGAACAUGUUGGUAUGAUUAAUGGACGUAAAAUUAUAAAAGUUCAAACUAAAAAUAUUGAAACUGAUACUCCAGUAUUAAUUGGUGAAGCGGAAAUUGAACAACCUAUAACUACAUAUGUAUUUACUGGUCAAGGUUCACAAGAACAAGGGAUGGGUAUGGAUUUAUAUAAUUCUUCAGAAGUUGCAAAAGAAGUGUGGGAUAAAGCUGAUAAACAUUUUAUUAACAAUUACGGGUUCUCCAUAUUAGAUAUUGUACAAAAUAAUCCAAAUGAAUUAACUAUACAUUUUGGUGGUGCAAAAGGUAGAAUCAUUAGAGACAAUUAUAUUGGAAUGAUGUUUGAAACCAUAGGUGAAGAUGGUGAAUUAAAAUCCGAAAAAAUUUUCAAAGAUAUUGAUGAUAAUACCAAUUCAUUUACUUUUGUAUCACCAACUGGGUUAUUAUCAGCUACUCAAUUUACUCAACCUGCAUUAACAUUAAUGGAAAAAGCCGCUUACGAAGAUAUAAAAUCAAAAGGUUUGAUACCAUCAGAUAUAAUGUAUGCUGGUCAUUCAUUAGGUGAAUAUUCUGCAUUAAGUUCAUUAGCUAACGUUAUGCCUAUUGAAUCAUUAGUUGAUGUUGUUUUUUAUAGAGGUAUGACUAUGCAAGUUGCAGUACCAAGAGAUGAAUUAGGUCGUUCAAAUUAUGGAAUGUGUGCUAUUAAUCCAAGUAGAAUUAGUGCCACUUUUAAUGAUGCAGCAUUAAGAUUUGUUGUUGAAGAAACAAGUAAAAGAACUGGCUGGUUGUUAGAAAUUGUUAAUUAUAACGUUGAAAAUCAACAAUAUGUCGCAGCUGGUGAUUUAAGAUGUUUAGAUACUUUAACUAAUGUAUUGAAUGUGCUCAAGAUAAAUAAAAUUGAUAUUGUUAAAUUACAAGAAAAAUUAUCAAUUGAAGAAGUUACAAAUCAUUUGUAUGAAAUAAUAGAUGAAGUUAAGAUUAAAUCAGAACAAAAACCACAACCAAUAGAAUUAGAAAGAGGAUUUGCAGUUAUACCAUUAAAAGGAAUUUCAGUUCCAUUCCAUUCAUCUUAUCUAAUGUCAGGUGUAAAACCAUUCCAAAGAUUCUUGUGUAAAAAAAUCCCAAAAUCUUCUAUAAAACCUCAUGAUUUAAUUGGUAAAUAUAUACCCAAUUUAACUGCAAAACCAUUUGAAUUAACUAAAGAAUAUUUUGAAAAUGUUUAUGAAUUAACUAAAUCUGAAAAGAUUAAAAAAAUCAUUGAUAAUUGGGAAAAUUAUGAAAAUGCUUAA